AUGGGACAGCAGUUCACCAACGCUGAAGGAGAGCAAGCAGAGAUUGAUGUUGCAGAGCUGCAGGAAUGGUAUAAGAAAUUUGUGGUGGAGUGUCCCAGCGGGACCCUCUUCAUGCACGAGUUCAAGCGCUUCUUCGGGGUCCAGGACAACCAGGCAGCAGCAGAGUACGUGGAGAACAUGUUCAGGGCUUUUGACAAGAACGGGGAUAACACCAUUGAUUUCCUGGAAUAUGUGGCUGCCUUGAAUCUUGUUUUACGAGGAAAACUUGAACACAAGCUGAGGUGGACGUUCAAAGUGUAUGACAAGGACGGGAAUGGCUGCAUAGAUAAACCUGAGCUGCUGGAAAUUGUUGAGUCUAUCUACAGGCUGAAGAAGGUGUGUUGGUCGGACGUGGAGGACAGGACCCCGCUGCUGACACCAGAGGAGGUGGUGGACAGGAUAUUUCAGCUGGUGGAUGAGAACGGGGAUGGGCAGCUGUCUCUUGACGAGUUCAUUGAUGGAGCCAGGAAGGACAAGUGGGUGAUGAAGAUGCUGCAAAUGGAUGUGAACCCCGGGGGAUGGAUCACUGAGCAGCGGAGAAAGAGCGCUUUGUUCUGA